GACACAGCAUAACAUAAAAUAAGAAGAAGGAGCAAGAAGACAUUUCAAAAAAGUUAAUGGGUGAAGAAUGUGAAAAUAAUAAUAAAACAUAUUAUCAUAUGAACUUCGAAUUUUAAUACGAGCAAAAUAUUUGACAAAAGUGUAUCCCAAAUCGCAAUCCCAACAAUAUAAAGAAAAUGGAUUUACUAGGAUCUAUAAUGAAUGCAAUGGACAAACCUCCAAGUUUGAGUGAAAAAGAAAAAUUAUUAAUAAAAAAGAGGAAGCAAGAAUUGGAAAAACGUCAAACUGAAGAAAAAGAAAAAUUGAAGCGUUUCAAGGAUCGGGUUGAGGCAAAACUCAUUUCUCAUUUUCAAGACCCAACAAAUAUUACACUUAAAUUUGAACACAUGGACCAAAUAUGUAGAAGUAUAGUGCAUGAAGUAGCCGAAUCAUGUGGCUUAUUAUCUUUCGCUUUUGGGAUCGAUGGCGUAGAUAGAUAUAUAAGAGUAUACAGGAAGGAGAACCCUCCUUGUGACGAUGAAAUUGCAGCCAGAAGAAGAGGUGAACCGUGGAAUGAAGACAUUAGACAGCGUCUUAUUGAAAAAAGAAAGCUUAAUGAACAAGAAGAAAUAAGAGGUCCGAAGAGGAAAGCUGAAAAAUUUGUUCCGAAUUCUAACUACAAAGAUAAAUAUGCUCAUCUUAUAGGUCAAGACGCUGCUCUGGAAGCAGCAAAGAAAACGGAGACCAAUAAAUCAUAUGGUUUUGUUCCUAGUGAGAAUAAAAAAGAUGUGAGGUCCAUUGAACAGACCAUGGCUGAUAUAAGAGCGAAGAAACGACAAAAAAAUGAUACAGAAACAAGCGAAGUUCCACCUGAUGUUCCUCCACACUGAGUACAAGGACAUGGCAUCAUUGUAGUAUUUCUGAUGUGUGAUCUGCAUAAUAUUAAUUAUAAUCGAGAUUGUUGAGUAUUAUUAAAAUUAUAUUUCAUACUAUUUUCAAUAAACAUUAUGUUACUGAGAUGAA